CCUUUAGGUUAGUCGCUGGUUAUUGUACUGCCACAAGUACUCAGACUAUUCUAUGGCAGUCAUUGCAAGCAAGUCUGUAUCAGUUCACAUUCUCUAGUUAUCCCGUGGUCCCGUGGCUUUUCAACUAUACAUCAUAUUACAUUUUGUGAACUUGAUAAAAAGGUGUGUGUACAGUGUAACUGUAAUAAAGUAAAAUAUUUAUCUUGGAGUAUAUGUGGAAAAAGAUGCUGAAAAUACAUGCGUGAAAAAUCGAAAGGAAGUGCGAUAAAAUGGCGUCAACAUCAUGCAACACGUCGUGGACGUCGUGGAACAAAUGAAAGGGGAAAAGUGUCAAGAUAAAAUAUAUUUCAUCAAUUGUAUCAUAUGAUAUUCAAUUGAAAGUUUAAGAACAAGUGUUGAUAGUGGCUGUCGUAAAAAGACAAAUGCUUAUGAGCAUAAAACUCAUUUUCAAGUGUCAUGUCUUUAUCAAGUUGUAAACCAGUGUGGAUUCUUUGUUUUUUUUAACACCUGAAAAUAGGAAAUAAAAGACUAUUCGUGAUAAUUAACAUCAUUAUAAGACAUUAUCUAUUUUUACAUUGUUAUAAUUGUUAUAAUAAUUUUAAAAGAUACUUGAAAAAUACUUUAAAAGUAUCUUUACAAUAAAUUUUACCAAAGAAAUUUGAUAAAACAUAACAAAGCAUACUUGUGUGCUUAUUCUGUUGUGGAGUUGAUACUAAAUAAAGUUGAUUAGUAAAUAAUAAUAAUAAUAAUAAAUAAUGCGUGAGUUCAAAGUUGUUGUACUUGGCUCGGGUGGGGUAGGCAAGAGUGCCCUUACCGUUCAAUUUGUAUCCGGCUGCUUCAUGGAGAAGUAUGAUCCGACUAUUGAAGAUUUUUAUAGGAAAGAAAUAGAAGUUGAUAAUUCUCCGUGUGUGCUGGAGAUACUUGACACUGCUGGUACUGAACAAUUUGCCAGCAUGAGAGAUUUAUAUAUUAAAAAUGGUCAAGGAUUUGUUGUCGUUUACAGCCUUACAAAUCAUCAAACCUUUCAGGAUAUUAAAACAAUGAAAGAACUUAUUACAAGAGUUAAGGGAACGGAACGAGUUCCUGUACUUUUGGUUGCAAAUAAACUUGAUCUCGAGCAUCAGCGGGAGGUCGACACAGCUGAGGGGAAUGCUCUUGCAGAACUCUGGGGCUGUCCUUUCAUUGAGGCAUCAGCUAAAAAUCGUACUAAUGUCAAUGAAGUAUUUGCCGAAAUUGUACGAGAAAUGAACUUUAGUCCCGAGAAAGAAAAGAAAAGUUAUUGUUGUUGCAGUGUCGUUUAAUACUUAAUCAAAAGCUCUAGUGGUGAGACUGAUGAAAUUUUCCGAGGCAAAUGUGGAGUUGUUUAAUACAAAAUUCAAAAAACAAUCAAUCAAUCGGAAUAUACAACAAAACACUAAUAAAUAAAACAUAUAUGCUCCACUAGGAAGUGUGCUGUGAACAAAACAAAAAGCAAAACAACUAAAAAAUUUUUAAAUUUAAUACCGAUUAUAUAUAAAUAUAUUAAUUAAUUAAAUAAUUAAUUAAUUAACAAUGAUAUUAGAAUAUUUAUAUAAAUGACUUACUAAUGUUUAUCGUUAUGACGACGAAAUGGAUUCGCGUAAACAAAUAAAUAAAUGAAAAAAAAAAACUAAAAAAAAUUAAAAUUUAAGGAUAAACAAAAUUCCAUGCAAUUUUCUAUUAAAAAAAAAAACGUGGUUGUUAAUAAUAAUAGUAAUGAUGAGGAUGAUGAUAAUUGUGAGCCACGGCCAAAUAUUUUAAUAUAAAAACAAAAAAAAAUCAUAGUAUUAUAUAUUAUAUAUGUAAUUAUUGCUGUAAAAGUGUAAAAUAUUAUUAUAAGUGCGAAUUUAAAUAUAAGACGAUAACAUAACAGUACUAAAAAAUGAAACAAUUAAAACAAAAAAAAAACAAAAGAAAGACAAAGAAAAUUAAUCAAGGGACAACAAGGACCAAUGCACAGUUAUUUACAAUAGAGGAGAAAAGAAAUACAAAAAUUAAAUCAACCGAAAUAAAAUAGAAGUGUAAUUAAUAAUUAUAUAUAGGAGUAGAGUGGGAGAUUAUUACAGUUAUUAUACAAUUUAAAUUCAUUACACUUAUUAGAGUGAAAAAUGAGAAAAUCCAAUAUUAAAAUAAAUUGUGCUAGGAGGCUCGUGUUCAAUGUCCAAAUGAAUAAUGCACAUUCAUUACUUUUCACAAAUUAACAUGAAUUUUUAAUAGAAUAUACGAAUAAGGUGCUGAUUAGAUAAAGUAAUAAAGCGUAGUUUGGAAGAAAAAAAAAAAAUAAAAAAUGUAAAUAAGUGCUCCAUUAAUCAAUUGUCCAUUGUCUUAAGAUCAAUUUUUUAGAAGAAAAUUCAUUUUAUAAUCAUUUACAAAAUUUCCACUUAUCGUAACUACAGUCAAUAGAAUUUUUUUGUCUAUAAAAUGUCACUUAGAAGAUAAGAUUUAAUAAAUUUUAUUACUGAAAAAGAAAAAAAAUAUCAAGUCUGUAGUUUUAUAACGAUUGUCGACAAUUAAUAACUCAUCUUCUUUAUAAGAUUGUUUUAAGAUCAUUUAAUACAAGUAAAUAUUGUGUAUUAAUUUUUUUUUUAUUUUUUACUUUGUCAUUAACUAUACUUAUAACAACAGGGGUCAGAUAUAAAAUUAUCUACGUGCCUCUUGCAUGUUGUAUAAAACUAUAUACUUGUAAAGCCAAUGAGUCAUCGUUAUAAAGUCCGCAUAAUCUACGUUUCUAAAAUGAAGAAAAAAAAAUUUUUUUAAUAACAAUAAGAUAACGAAAAACUAUUAAAUAAAUCAGUUUUUAUUAAUUCAUUUAAUUUCGUUUGUCAUUACUUACUCUCACGCAUAAGGAAAAAAUUCAAAAUGUUAAAUACAUGGUACAUGUAUAAAUAGCAGGAAAUACUUGAUAUCCGGUUAUUUGAAUCACAUUUCUUUAUCUGAAUGUGUCACUCAAAAGAAUGCAUUCAAAUUAAACACAAAUAUUAAUGAAACACAUAAACAGACUUAUAGAAUACUCAAAUCAAGGGAAAUAGGAAUGGUUUAUAUAUUUCUACAUGAAACUCUUAGAUUGUAAAGUAAUUCAUUCAAUUAUCAUUCACAUUUUAUUAUCCGAUUUCAUAAAAUUGCAUAAUAUUUUUCUAGAUACAUACAUCGUAAAUUAUUGCAAAAAAAACUGUGUCUGAUUGUAAAAUUAAUUUAAGAUGAAGAAGAAAAAAAAAGAAAACGAAACAUAAAAUUUUACUUUAGCAUAUCACGCGGCAAAGGACGAUGAUUUGUCCCUAGUGAUUACGAUUUUCCUACCUGCCAAUUUUUUAUUAGAAAAAUAUCGAUAUUUAUCGAUUGAACGUGUGCGAAUGAAAAAUUUCCAAUUAACAACAUAAAACCCACAUAUUAGUAUCAAAAAAAUAGCGAAAAAAUAUAAAAAAAUAAAAUAACAAUGCGUUUGAUAAAUAGAGAAAAUAAAAAAAAAAAUGAAUUUAAAAACAAAAAUGAUUAAAAGAAAGUGUGUAACAACACCAUGAUUAGAAUGUAUAUCGGCCUUUCAGUGCUACCUGCGUAUGGUAUUGAGUAUGAAAUAUGUUAUAUUUUUUACAAUGUGAAAAAUAAUUGUAAAUAUCACAGUAUCAAGUUAUAUAUAAUAAAAUCAUUGAUAAUAAUCA